AUGUCUGUCGAGCCGCUACCUAUUCGUGAUCGACCCACACUCAAGCAAAUUGAGAGCCUGGUAGCCCGUUUAAGACGGAGGCAGGUCAUAGGCGCGCAAGAGACAGCACUGGAAACUGCGCUGCUACUACGACAAAUUGUAUCAGUUGCACGAUUCAACAACAUAGAUCAACUCAUACAAUUGAUCAAAUCCAUCGCAAGACGUUUAACAGAUGCGAAUCCAAAAGAAUUCGCGGUGGGGAACAUAGUCCGUCGUGUUCUCCGCCUAAUUCGAGAGGAGAGCGCAGCGGCACUCGGCGUACCGCCCGACGAGCCCAGCACCUCGUCCUCCCCCGCACCUCCUGGCACCCCCUCCUACCCUAAUCCAUGCGACCUCUCCGCCCGCCGAUCGUCAUUGCGCGCCAACAGCCUCGCAAACUUCAUGAUCAUGGGUAACCAGCGAGUUCGGCCUCCGAUCGAGAUGAGGCACGAGAGCAAAGACUUUGAGCAUGGGGAGAGGGGGAUGCAUGAGGAGCAUGUACAGGGAUGGGACGGAGAAAAGAAGCCUGUGGCGAUCACGGUGAAGCCGCUGUUGAUACAGGCUAUACAGGAGGUCAUCGAUGAGCUCGAGACGGUGUACGAGAACGUGGCCAAGACCGCAAGGGAUCAUAUUUACGACGGGGAAAUCAUCCUAACACUUUCCUACUCCCGCACCAUUGAACAGUUCCUCAAGUCCGCCGCCCGUGAUAGACACUUCACCGUCAUCGUGGCCGAGACCGCGCCGAGUUACUCCGGACGGCAAAUGGCGACUGCCCUCUCAAGCCUGAACAUCCCAACCGUGCUCAUUCCGGACAGUUCGAUCUAUCCGCUCAUGCCAAGGAUCACAAAGGUCAUCCUGGGCGCACAUGCGAUCCUCGCUAAUGGAGGGUUGUUCACUCAGACCGGGUGUGCAUUGGCUGCCGCUGCCGCUAGGGCGCACUCGACGCCUGUGGUUGUCUGUGCUGGGCAGUUCAAGCUCACUCCCGCAUGGAACUUGUAUCAUGAAUAUGCUGCACUCGACUUUGCCGGUCCAGAGAAGGUGAUUAGCUUCGAGGAGGGCGGCGGGGGAGAGAGAGCCAGCAAGCCCCUUGAAGUUGUCAACCCUGUAUACGACUAUGUUGCUCCAGAGUUGGUGGACGUAUUGAUCACGAAUGACGGCGAUCAUCCACCACCAUAUGUAUAUCGGUUGAUCAAGGAGACGUACGACGAUGAGGACUUGCAGCUGUAG